CACAGCGCAUACCACACCCCCCUUGAUGACAAAUUCAGGAUCCAAGAUUCAAAUGACUACUUUGAUAGUGAAGCUCAGAGAAUAGAAAAUUUUCAACAAAUACUCGACAAGUGGUUCACUCGAGCUAAUAAAGAACUUUACGAGAAUGUGGACAGCGAAAUCGUAAAGCCACAGGAUCCGUUAGCAACGCUGGAACAAGAUCUCGCACACAAUCAAAUCAGUCGAAGUCCUCGUUAUAUGGGUCACGUGGUGGAUCAUCGGCCUUUAGCCCUAAAACAAUCGCUACUGCUAAAAAGGUAUCAUUAGCUGCUGAAGCAGCAGCACUACGCAAGCAACAAACUCUGCAAGAAGAGGAAUUACGAUUAAAGCACGAAGCGCUUAAAUACCAACAGCAACAAGAGGAAGCUAAAUUACGCCUCGCACAGCAAAAACAGCAACUCCAACUUGAAAUUCAGAUUGUCAAGUUAGACACUGAAGAACAAGUAUAUGCCAUAGUGGAACAAGGAGAUCAGUAAGUUGAACUGCCAUCAUAUGCUCGUACCCAGGACCUCACAACUUCUCCACCCCUUGGACAGCCACGCCUACCAGUUCUACAAAAGAAGGAACCUUGCCCUUCACCACCAACAUGGGACAUGCUUGAUCUGCAGUCAGAACUCCCACAAGCUUCUUAUGAUCAUUUGCUAAACAAGCCCGAAACGGUGAAAUUACCUGCAGAAAUCCAUCAGGCAAAUCCAGUGGUUACUCAACCUGAUGGGAAGAUUCACCCCCUUUCACCUCAUGCGACCCCAUGGCUCCCAGAAAAUGUGCCAAAGCUCGGACUCAGUGAGCGUUGUCCGGAUCCCAAUGAAGUCAAGCAAGAGCAGAGUCCACCCCCGAGGCAUUCAGCAGUUGGAGAGAAAUUCAUACAGGAUAUUAUAG